GUCAUAGCCGCGCGCCGCUCCAGGGCGUCCUAGCAAGGUCGCUUUGCGAGCGCAAUCGCGCUUCUUCCAGGGUCGGGACUCCGCCGUGUCCUAAUUUUUUUUGGCUAAGAUCUCAGAGGCAUCAUGACCGGUUAUACACCUGAUGAGAAACUGCGGCUGCAGCAGCUGCGAGAACUGAGAAGGCGAUGGCUGAAGGACCAGGAACUGAGUCCCCGAGAGCCGGUUUUACCCCCGCAGAAAUUGGGGCCGGUGGAAUCGUUUUGGAAUAAGUUUUUGCAUGACCAGGCCCCCUGGAAGAACAUGCUCUAUAAGACAUACCGACACAGUGUCUUGGCUUUUACUCAUGUACUUGUUCCUAUGUGGAUUAUUCACUAUUAUUUGAAAUACCAUGUCCAGACAAAACCAUAUGCCAUCGUUGAAAGGAAACCCAGAAUAUUCCCAGGCGAUACUAUUCUGGAGACUGGAGAAGUAAUUCCACCAAUGAGAGAAUUUCCUGAUCAACAUCACUGAAGACUAUUUAAGAACUUUAAAGGCUUAUGAGCUCCAAAUUUGUUGCUCCAGUUCCAUAUUUACUGAACAUAUUUUCUGGAGAAGUAAUUAAUAAAUUUAACUUUCA